AUGGAUCGCAUCACACCUCCUCUCCCACCUGCAGGUGCUCGAUCAACGGCGGCUCUUGACUGGACAGGAGAACAGCUGAAAUCAUCGAAUGGGGUGAGGCUGAAAAGAGGCUAUCCGCGCGCCGCCAUGGCUUUUACUCUGGAGAAUUCACGACCGAUGGUUAAGCGCCGACAGGGUUGUGGCCCACUUCCCUACAUGCUGGACGACGAAUAG